AUCGCUUUAAGGGGCUGCAGCGGCAGCUGGGAGGCGAGCAAGAGCGGCGCGAGCCAAUGCCGCGGCCGCCUCGCGCUCAUUUCCUCGCUGGCUCACAGGAAGUGGGGCCGCCGCCGCUGAGGAGGAGAAGACGAGGGUCUUCCUUAAUUUUGCUGACUCAGAUAACAGAUUUCCAGAAAGGGUGAGAAAGAAACACAAAUAUCAAAGGAAAAUAUCAUGGAGACUGCCCAAUGAAAAUGACUGUUGCUGUUUUAUUGAUGGCUUUUAUGGGCUGUAUAGAUGGAUAUGAGCCAAAAAUGUCUCUGUGUCUAUAAGAACACUUCAAAAUUGAAAACUUUACUCUCAUUUGAUGAAUUUUCAGUGGUUGAUUUUGAAGAACAAAGGCAUAAUGAAUCAUUCGUAAUUUCUAUAACUAGAUGGAUCACCAUGAAUAUAACGAGCGCCAUACUUGACAAGCAAUUAGCUUGUAAUUGGUUGCAAUAAUGGAAAUGGUUAUAACACUGUGGGUUGGGGUUGAGCAAGAUAGUUGUUGCUAGAAUAUGGCAACUGUUGAAAGAAGCCUCUCCGCUUACACAAGUGAAUGUAACAAUUAAGAAAAUUGUUUGAUUAAAACCAUGGCUCCUUUCAGAUAAUACUAAUGACCAGUACAAUUAAAGUACUCUAAGAAUGCCCAGAAGAGGCUUAAUGUUUCAAGCCAGGACUCGAUGGCUGUUGGUUGGACUUGCUUUACUGUUGAGCUUGUUACUGAUCAUGUACCUUCUUGAAUGUGCACCACAAACAGAUAGCAACGGAUCACUUCCUGGCAUUAUAGGGGAAAAUUUUGGUAAGGAACAUUAUCAAGCUCUUCUGCAAGAACAAGAAGAACAUUACCAAACCAGGGCUAUGAGCCUCAAACGGCAAAUUGCCCAGUUAAAGCAGGAGCUUCAAGAAAUGAGCGAUAAACUGAAAUUGUUACAGGAAAAGAAGAGCCCAAAAGUCAACAGCAUGGGUUACCAAGGCACCAAAGAGCAAGCACCCAAUGAUCUCCUAGAAUAUCUGCAUUCUCAAAUAGACAAAGCUGAAGUAAGCAUGGGGGCCAAACUGCCUAGUGAAUAUGGAGUCAUUCCUUUUGAAAGCUUUACCUCCAUGAAGGUAUUCCAGUUGGAGAUGGGGCUUACCCGCCAUCCAGAGGAAAAGCCUGUUAGGAAAGAUAAACGAGAUGAGUUGUUGGAAGUAAUUGAGGCUGGCCUAGAGGUAAUCAAUAAUCCAGAUGAAGAAGAUGGACAAGAUGAAGAGGAUGGAAUUGGAGAAAGACAGCUAUACACGGAAAAUGAUUUCAUAGAAGGCUAUUAUCGCACUGAACGAGACAAAGGGACGCAAUAUGAAUUGUUCUACAAGAAGGCUGAUGAUAUGGAAUACAGGCAUGUCACACUGUUUCGUCCAUUUGGGCCCUUAAUGAAAGUGAAGAGCGAAACUGUUGACAUCUCCAGGUCAAUCAUAAAUAUAAUUGUGCCUCUUGCUGGAAGAACAGAGGUAUUUGCACAGUUUAUGCAAAACUUCAGAGAAGUGUGCAUUAAUCAGGACAAGCGGAUUCAUCUCACUGUAGUAUAUUUUGGACCUGAGGGGCUUUCUGAAGUCAAAAGCAUCUUAGAGUCAGUUGCUAGAGAGGCUAGCUUUCAUAAUUACACUCUGGUAUCUUUGAAUGAGGAAUUCAAUCGCGGUCGAGGACUAGAUGUGGGUGCCAGAGCCUGGGAAAAAGGCGAGGUCUUGAUGUUCUUCUGCGAUGUUGAUAUUUAUUUCAAUGUUGAGUUCUUAAAUAGCUGUCGUUUGAAUGCUGAGCCGGGUAAGAAAGUUUUCUACCCUGUGGUAUUCAGCCUUUAUAAUCCUGCCAUUGUCUAUGCUAAUCAAGAUGUGCCACCCCCUGUGGAACAGCAGUUGGUGCACAAAAAGGAUUCUGGUUUUUGGCGGGAUUUUGGCUUUGGGAUGACUUGCCAGUAUCGAACAGAUUUCUUGGCUAUUGGUGGUUUUGACUUGGAAGUCAAAGGUUGGGGCGGAGAGGACGUUCACCUUUAUCGAAAAUACCUGCAUGGUGACCUGAUUGUGCUCAGGACCCCAGUGCCGGGCCUCUUUCACCUCUGGCAUGAGAAGCACUGUGUGGAUGAAUUGACUCCAGAGCAAUAUCGCAUGUGUAUCCAGUCUAAAGCCAUGAAUGAGGCAUCUCACUCUCACCUGGGGAUGCUGGUAUUCAGGGAGGAGAUAGAGGCCCAUCUGCGUAAGCAGGCGUACAGGACUAACAGUGAAGCAAUAGGCUAAAAAAAUUCUCAGUGCAAUCCACAGACUCUAGAGUUGCUAUGAACCAGCAUCAUUCUGAAGCCUUAAUUAACUCAGCUUAAAAAACACAGUGCCUCUCUCUUGAUGAAGAUGAGCUUCAAGAUCUUUAUCUCAGCUGGCCAGCUGGUACUGACACAUUUCAUCGGAUCAGGUUCCUUUAUGGAAGGGAAUACCUAUUUUUACAUUUCUGCAUUCGGUUGUGGAAGAGGAAUUUAACCAAGGGCAAAAUGUGAUUGUUUUUCCACAUCUAAAUUUUUCUUUUUAACAUUUUUUCUUCUUAGACCUCCAUUGCAUCUGGGUAGGAAUUACAACUAAACUGCUAUUUCACUACUUGUGAUAAUUCUGUAUUAUUCAUUUCACCGUCAUCCUUAGAAUAAGGCACUGUAUCUAUGUAUUCAUUUGACGGGGGGAAAGACACCGAAGCAACACCAUAUGCAAAAACAUGAUAGGUUGUGCAGCUAGAAUGACUGAAUUUGCCUUAUUAAUCAUCAGGUACAUAAAUCAAUUUUCAAAUAUACUAUAUAUUUAAAGGUGUUUUUUUAAUAAAAAAGAGGCCAUUUAACAGUUAACAGUAAUAUUUAGAUUGUAAAUGAGCUUGUAUGCUAUUUGCUUAUCCUAGCUACUGGCCAAAUGAUGUUUGCAUGUUUCAGGAUGUAGAAAGAGAAUCUGUCUUUCUGUGAACACAGCAGUUCACUUCACUGCCUCAUUAUUACUCUUCUGAUAUCAUUUGUUCUUCAGGUGAAUGUUAAAGUCUCAUCACAUAAGUGAAUGGACUGAGAACUGGAGAAAUUGCAUUGCGAGAUUAGACAACAAUUGAUGGCUAACUAUGCUAACCUGGAUCCAUUUCUCCUUUUUAUUUUACUUCUUGCAGUGGGCACAAGAAUGGCUCCUGCUCAAACUCUGUUGAAAUGAAAAAAUGUUUUUAGUAGCUGGUAUCAAAUGUGGUUUGCAAAGGAGACACUAGGAGCCCAUUAAAUUUAGGGUCAGUAAAACUAUCCCGUUUUAGUUCUGAACAACUAUGUACUUUUUGCAUAUAGUUCUGGACACUGGUCCCUUUUUAAAACAUGUAGUUUGCUUUUCUAUAACAUUGUGGAGAGCAAUUAAAUUGUCAGAAGUGGAGAGAAUGUAAUGCAAGUUGGCUUGCUGUUGUCUUAUCUUUAUAAUUAAAUUGAAUACUUUUGUGUUUUA